AUUGUGAAAAUGUUUUGCAGAAGCUAUAUAAUAGAGUAGAAAAGUUUGGCCAAAAACAAGAAAUGGCAAGUAACAAGAUGGACGAAUAUGACAAAAAGUUUGCAGAGAUACAAAAGUACCUUCCAUUCCUGGAAGCGAUGAUCAAGAGGUUGCAAAACGUUAAGGAUAAAGAUAAUCGAGAAAAUCAAUUGCAGAAAAUGCAAAGUCUGCACGAAAUUUUAUCAAACAACAAGCAAAAGUUAAAGGUCAAGACACUGGAACGUUGCGGGGAUGUUUUGCAGAAUCUAUAUAAAAGAUGUAACGAAGCAGAGGCAAACGUUUGCGACACUGACACACUGGAUCCACUUUCACGUUUGCUUUCAUCAUUGGAUUUGGCUGAUGAAUAAUCUUUUAUAUGCUUGUUAUCCUUUGUAUACAAAAUAUUCUUUAAUAAUAUUUUAUAAGAAAAGCGAUUAAAGCUUAUUUUUAAAACAUA